UACGAGCUAGAAAUAGCGCUGAAGAUUGUUGCACUGCGUGGCUCUGUGCCGUCAGAUGCCAUCCUUGAGUUCCGCCAUGCUCUCAGCAAGUAUGGGCGCUUCCAGCUGGCUCAGAAGCCCCAGAUUGCAGACAUCUUUGAGGAGCUCGGCCAGCCCAGGUCAAUUUCUUUAAACAGCGCAGCGAGGGCGGACGCAGUGACUCUUGGGGACGUCUGGCUCGGGCCGGCCAUACGGGCAGGCCUCAUACAGCCGAUCCCCGAGGCAGAAAGCAAUCGUUGGUGGGGAAAUCUUCCACCGAGGUGGCGUGAGUUGGUGAAGCGCGGCGCAGAUGGCAGUGUGGACCCAAAGGGCCUGGUGUGGGCCUGCCCUCAUCGCUGGGGAUGCACCCUCAUCGCCUACCGCAAAAGUGCCCGCGCAAGGAGUGCGGCGGGGGCGCACCCGAUCAGGGACUGGGGGGACCUGCUGCAGCCGUGCCUGAGGCAGCGAGUCGCCUGGGUGGACUCUCCGCGCGAGUUUGUGGGCGCUGCGCUCAAAACGCUGGGAGGCGGCUUCAACACAGGCGCGGCCGAGCUGGCCUCUUUGGGUCUGUCUGAUCAGGACCUGGCCCAGCAAGUGGACCGCUUGCGGCAGCAGGUGCGGGUCUUCAGCAGCAAGGAGCACAUAAAGGCGCUGGGGGCCAAAGAUGUGUGGGCGGUGGUGGGAUGGAGUGGCGACCUGGUCCCUGCUGCUGAGCGCAGCGGCGAUGUGGUGCUUGUUGCCCCGGCCUCCGGCACUUCGCUGUGGGCUGACAUGUGGGCUGUUCCCUCCCACGCUCAACACGGCUCCCGGAUGCGAGGGCCAUCCCCGCUGCUGCCAGCCUGGCUUGAUUACUGGCUGCAGCCCUCAAGGGCGGCCUGGAAUAGAGGCCUGAAGUCAGGGGCGUCGCCUCUC